AUGCUGGCUGCUCCUGCGCCUUUCGGCCUCAGGGCCCCAGACUCCAGUCCUAUGUUCCAGUGCCCAUGGGCCAGCAGCAGGCACCACAACCUGGUGCAGAGGAGCCUUGUGCUUUUCUAGGUCAGGGUUGUCCUUACCCUGGGGCUCAACCUGCUGCAGAACCAGAGGAAUGUCACGCUCUUCCCGGAUGAGGUAAUCGCCACCAUCUUCUACUCAGCCUGGUGUGUGCCACCAUGCUGCAGGAUGGCCACUGCUGUUGUCGGCUUACUGUACCCCUGUAUUGACAGUCACCUGGGAGAGCCCCACAAGUUCAAGAGAGAGUGGGCCAGCAUCAUACGCUGUAUCUCGGUUUUUGUUGGCAUUAACCAUGCCAGUGCUAAAUUGGAUUUUGCCAAUAAUGUCCACCUGUCCUUGACCUUGGCAGCCCUGUUCUUGGGCCUUUGGUGGACAUUUGAUUGCUCCAGAAGUGGCCUUGGGCUGGGGCUUACCAUCGCCUUCCUGGCAACACUCAUCACCCAGUUCCUUGCAUAUAACAGUGUCUAUCAGUAUACAUCCCACGAUUUCCUCUAUAUUCUUUCAUGGCUCCCAUGCAUAUUUUUCUCAGGAGGUGUCACAGUGGGAAACAUAGGGUGUCAGUUAGCUAUGGGUGUUCCUAAAAAGCCCCAUAGUGACUGAGCUUUCAUACCCACUGAUUCCGAGGAAUAAGAAACCAGAUUUGGGAAGAA